GUAAAAUGGUACUUUUCACUUGCAAAUUAGUGCGGUAAAGUGCACUUUCCGCACGCUCAUAGGUAGAAAUUUAAAUAUUUGGCCUACCACUACUACUACUACUAGAGCCAUCUCUACAAUUUAUAAUCAAUUAGCAGACAUUUUACUUACCGCUUUUUGGGGUUUCAUUUGCAAUUGAAAAUUGAAAUUUUUCGCACCGAAACUGAACACUUUUAUUACACAGGGUGCAUUUUCUGGAAAGCGAAAACAUUUUCUUUUCGGGAACAAUUUAUUUUAGAACCAAAACAAUGUUUUUGAGGUUAUGUUGUAAGUAUUUUCAAAUAAUAUUGUAUAAAAAUAAUAGAUGGCGCCACGUGUUUUUUUUUUUUUUUAAAGUCACUAUGGCGAAAAUUGCCGUCUUAUUUUUGAUUAAUUUUUCAAAAUCCUAAAUAUUCAUAUCGAAAACGAGCAAGAAUAUGGCGGCAAAGUCGCGGUAUACUUCUAGAUUCCUAUAUAAAAUUAGCAAAAAAUAUCGGCCGCCACCUAUCGGCCGAUUUUGGUUCGAUUCAAAUUCGAAUUUGUCAGACGUUGCGAGGGCUCUGAAAACAUUUCUUCCGGAAAAAUGGACGACCAGCUUUUCACUGAAACGGAAAUGUUUAAUUUUCAGUGCCUACUGGCAAGAAUGAGCAACAACGGUAGAUAUAGACUGGAAAAAAAUCCAGAAUCGGAUCCGGUGAUUUUUCCUCGCGCCGCCCAGCAUUUGGGAACUGCUUCAACUAAUAACAAUAUGGGUUUUCAAAAUUUGCAAGGUAUUGCCAGAUACCACCUGCCGGCAGCAACUGUAACAAGCCAAGAGCCGGUAAAAGACCAAAGAAUAUACGACAAAAUCUACCACAAAUACAAAAACGUCAAUGGGGAAAAUAUUAAAGUUUUCGAGUGCCCAAUUUGCCAAAAAGAGUGCACUCACCAGUACACUCUUAACAGACACUUAAACACUCAUUUGACUGAAAGAAAUUAUUGUUGUUCCACUUGCGGUAAAGCGUUCAGGCAAAUGUCUACAUUGACUCAGCACAAGGCGAUUCAUUCUUCAAAGCGUCCGCACGUUUGUGAAGUUUGCCACAAGACCUUCAACCGAGUAUCAACGUUGAUUUCCCACAAAAAAACUCAUACUGGAAUCAAACCGCAUCAAUGCCAUUUGUGUCCCAAGGCUUUCCAUCAAAAAGGCAACUUAAGAAAUCACAUUUUCACUCACACCGGAGAAAGACCGUACAAGUGCGACAUAUGCAACAAAGGCUUCAAUCAAAAAUCGAAUUUGACUUGCCACAAGUCGCAAGCUCAUCAAGACCAAAACCACCUGUUGCCGCAAUACAACUGCGAAAUUUGCGACGCGUCGUUUUCGAAACGCUCCGAGAUGCGUUCGCACGAACAGCUCGAACAUGACACGGCCGGACCGCAAGACUUGAACGGCGCCGUGCGCGUCGAUCCGAUCAAAACGGACGCGAUGAGAGCGGCUUUAGCAGCCGGACGCACGCCGUUUGCGCUUCUCCGUCCGUUAUCCGGCGUGCCGGUUUUGGUACGCGUCCAUCCGGACGGCGACAAGCAGAUGCUUUUACCCGCAACCGCUGAGGAUUUGAAAAGAUUCGGUACCAUAUCGACUACAGCGAAAACGGUCGGUCAAGAUUCCUCUUCGGCCAAAGGUCGUAUUGUAGGAAUUUGGGUUCCAGUGGUGGCGACCGUGAUUCAAACGAGCAACGACAAAAAUGCCGCUCUAACGGUUCAAAGUCCCGGACAGGCGGGCGAUAUUUUGGGCGCGAGAGGCGGCGAAAUGACGGAUCCGAACGUCAACAGUUACGUUUACAUUGCGUCAAUGUUGGAGAACAUCGAGGAUCUUACCGACGGAAAUUUCCCUAAUCUGUCACAAUUAAAUUUUAAUCCGGCUUUGUUUGACAAUUACGAUAUCGAGUCAUUGUCAAUGGAUAAUAUGAAGUCUGGCAACGUCGCGCAAGACAUUGAAGUAGUGGAAAACGAGAUGCCAGAUUGCAAAGUUGAGUCUUCGGCCAAGGAUAAUAGUUACGGAGGAGAGUUGAAUUUGGCUGCGUUUAAUUGUUCCGAAUUCAUUGAUGCAAAGUUACUUGAAGGGGGUGAAGAUUAUUCUAUUUUGCCGUUCAACUAGUUUGGAAUUUUAGUUUUUGAAAGCCCUACAAUCUGUAUCUAGUCAGUUUAUAGCGCUUUCAUUAUAUGCUUCAUUCAAGAGUUAUUAAAUAUAAUUGGAAGUAUUU